AUGGAUAUAAUCAAAAACGAUUUAUGGGUGCGCCAGAAAUUUGAUAAUCCAUUUAUUUCACAACUAUUCGAAGUUAUUGAUUCAAAAGAUUAUAUUUGUUUGGUUUUAGAAUACUGUUCAAAUGGAAAUUUGGUCAAGGCAAUAAGUGAAAGGGGAAAAUUUAAUGAAGAAGAUGCAGCGACGGUCUUUACACAACUUCUUCUUGCGGUAAAUUAUUUACAUAAUUCGUGUCAAGUCAUACACAGGAACAUAAGAUGCGAAAAUAUCAUGUUCGAUAGUCACAGAAACAUAAAAUUAUCCGAGUUCGGAUAUUGUCAGCAUUUAGAAAAAGAAGCAGUUUCAAUAACACAUUACGGCUCACCAGCUUAUAUAGCUCCAGAAGUAAUACAAGGGAAACCUUAUUCAUUUGCAAGUGAUGUAUGGAGUUGCGGCAUUGUUCUCUAUGCAAUGGUCUGUGGCCAUCUUCCUUUUUAUGAUGUUGAUUUAUCUACGUUUACUCAUAAGAUAUUAUAUAUGGACAUUACUUUUCCGAUACAUCUUUCCAUCGGAAUUAAAGAUUUACUGAAGAAAAUGCUUGCAAAGAAUCCCGCUCACAGAAUCAAAGCUGCAGAUAUAUUUAAACAUCCAUUCUUAUCUGAUGCAGUUAAUAAAAUGCGUAUCAAAUUGCGAAAGGCAACUGUUGAUACCGUUUCGAUUUGUAGAUCACUUGAUGUUUUGGGAUAUGAUUCUGAUCAAAUUCAAUAUGAAAUAGAAAACGGUGAAUCGUCUCCAGGUACAGUUGCCUAUUACAUACAAUAUAGAACCAUACUGUCUUAUGCAAUAAUGAACGCUAAUUUAAAGGCAUCAAGUUAUUCAACGCUAAAAGUCAACCUUUUGCCAAAACUUCCACUCGCCAAUAGCAGAAGAGAAUCAGCUGAUGUUAUAAUCAACUCGAAUCUUUAUAAACAAAAGAAGCCAAAGAGAAAUUCAAUUCUUAUGAAUAUCUAA